CAGGGUCCAGGGAGACCGGAUAUAGUGAAUGCAGGGUCCGGGGAGAGCGGAUAUAGUGAAUGCAAGGUCCGGGGAGAACGGAUAUAGUGAAUGCAGGGGUCCGGGGAGAGCGGAUAUAGUGAAUACAGGGUCCGGGGAGACCAGAUAUAGUGAAUGCAGGGUCCGGGGAGAGCAGAUAUAGUGAAUGCAGGGUCCGGGGAGACCGGAUAUAGUGAAUGCAGGGUCUGGGGAGAGCAGAUAUAGUGAAUGCAGGGUCUGGGGAGAGCGGAUAUAGUGAAUGCAGGGUCCGGGGAGAUCAGAUAU